AUGGCGGAGGAUCCACAACCUUUGACCCUCCAACAGCGUAUCGCAGCACUGAACGCAGCCCAUAUCGGCCACAUCCCUGGCGACCCUCCUAGACCUUCUCGACCGACUCCUCCUGUCCCUACCAAACGACCAGUGUUUCUGAAGCAGCAAACCGUCAAUAACCCACCCGAACGAGUCAUUGGAUCAGUCACAGACCACAAAACGGGCAACCAGCCUGCACCUCCUCCGCCGCCGCCGGCAAAAAGACAACCUCCUCCGCUACCUAACAGGAAGAACGCUCUUGAUGAACAAAGGAGGGGUUCGGCAGCAUCGAUCGCACCCAGCGGGCCGAUCACUUUUCAUGUCACAAAAGUACCAGCCACGCGAACCAAGUCGACCGAUUCCACAAAUCGAGCCAAAGCUCCGGCAUGGGGAGAGUGUGAACUCCCUGCGCUACCUCCCAAGAGUACACACAGUCAGAUGACAGCCACAGGGAGAACCUCGGAUGACAGAUUGAGAUACUCUGAUCGGACUCUUUCAAAUACUGUUGUGAUACCGUCUAGCGGGAUACCGAAUGUCAAGCCUUCUCCUCCAGCCAGGCCUUCUCUUCCGCCCAGACUGCCUUCUCGAAAGCAUGAAGUGGAACACCAUGAACAUGCUGAGAAUGCCCACUUUCGACAGAUCCCACCACUUCCCUCCACUGAAUCUGUUGAGCAGGCCCAAAAGUCGACAGUUUCUCACACACCGGCCAAGGAACACGUGCGUCCGGACAUCGUCCCGGUCCCGGUUGGUCUACCUCGACCUGCGAAGCCGCACAUACCAUUGCCUGUCCGGGAACACAAGACUUACCCUGCCCAAGAAACCCCUGCAUUGUUGUCAAGGGAGAAUCUGCCCCCCUCAGUGAGAGACGUCUUCCCACCUAGUACCCAGGAUCAGUCGUCACCCCCUCCAAUCCCCCUCUCAUCCCCGCCAGAUCUGUCGGCCAUACAAGCGACCAAACCCAGAAGUAUUGCAAGCACGUCGUUACCGAACACAACUGCGUCACUGCAAACUACAAGAUGUCUCAUAUGCCGGGACUUUUCCGGACCGGAUCACCAAGCAACCCUCUUUCCAAGGACCCAGGUGACAUCGUUACAAACUCUGGCGCAACAACUAACGUCACCCUUCCAAUCCCCCACAGAUAAGGCCCGAGCUAUCUUUACCUGGCUUCACCACAAUAUCGCUUACGAUGUGGUGAGCUUCUUUGGUAACAAUGUGAAAGGAUCGACCCCACAAUCGACCCUGCAGAGCGGCCUGGCCGUGUGCGAGGGUUACGCGGCGCUUUUCACCAACUUGGCCACGUACGCCGGCCUUGAGUCUAUGGUGAUAUCCGGCCACGGAAAGGGAUAUGGCUUUGCUCCGCUUGCUCCGGGAUCCCCACUCCCCGCCUAUAAUGCAGGACAUGCUUGGAAUGCGGUUAAGAUCGACAACGGCGAAUGGAAACUCAUUGAUUGCUGCUGGGGCGCUGGCUAUGUCCAAGGUGCAGGUCGUCCGUACGUCAAGAAACUCAGCCCGGAGUGUUUCACCAUGCCCAACGAGGAAUUUGCGACCAAGCAUUUCCCAGGCAACAAGGACCUCUUUUUCCUGCCAGGAGGCCGCCAAAUGAGCUGGGAAGAGUACAUUGUCAUCAACCCGGCCUGGUGGCCUGAUUCCGUGGAAGGGCCGACCAUCUUCACAAACGCCAAAGAAGACUAUUCUAUCGGCGAGAAGACGGUGCAUCCACGAGCCAGGAAAAUCAACGUCCGCCAACAAGGUCUGGUCCGUUUCCAGUUUGGGCUGCUUUGCCCGCAUUGGACGCUGGAUAAGCAUGCGAACAAAGGCCCACCGCCGGUCUUUAUCGUGUCCGUCAGCGGCGCUGAUGGCCGGAAUAAGGACCAUAUCCCGAUGGACCAUCACCCCGGUAUGGCUGGGCAAGGUGGUGAUAUGUGGAUCGUCGAUAUCCCGGCCGGAGAACUCGGUGCGCCUGGGCAGACGCUCACACUCUUCGCGGUGACGAGUUUCGGCGACCGACAGGAUGCUCGGGGCUUGACGGUGCGCGAGUUCCGUGAUGGAAAGGGCAGAGUGGGUAUGGGGUUUGUGGGUAUUGCUGCAUGGGAUCUGGUUUGA